AUGAAGCGCGCGAGGCCCGAUGGCUCGCAGUCCAGUCCAUCUCAGGACGCUGCCGAGCAUCAACCGAAGAUUUCGAGAAAGAUUCGGGCGUGCCAGGCAUGCCAGAAUCGGAAAAUAAAAUGCAACCUGGAGCCGGGCCAGGACCAGUGCGUGCGCUGCGCGCGCCUGGGGCUUACCUGCAUCGUCAACAAGAGCCUACAGACGCUGCUCGACGAUGAGAAUGAGUGGAAAAAGACCAUGGAAUCGCAGAUGCACUCGCUCCAGGCCGCCCUGUCCGAAGUUCAAAGGGCCCUCAACCUCCCCCAGUCGUCCAACGUGCCCCCCCGCGUCCAGAGCGCGUCCAUGGACAGGGGGAGCAGCUUCUCUCAGAGCCCCGGCGUCGCCCGAACCACUGCCGCGCCCUCGCAGGGACAACCCUCCGGUCCGCGGCCCAUCCGCCCAACGGGCAUGACGAGGGAGAACUCGGCCGAGGCCGAGGCGCCGGACCAAGAGGACCAGGCCAUGGUCAACGCCCCCAUGGCCAGCCUCUUCGAGGUGACGAAGCUGCGCAACAUCCGCAACGAGCCGUGGGCGCGCGGCCGGCGCCCAUCGAGCCGCUGCCUGCAGCACGACUUCAUUGCCCAGGGACGCUUCGGCGAGGAGGAGGCCGAGAAGCUGUUCGUCAAGUUUGACGAGACGCUCAAUGCCUAUCUGUGGGGCGGCAUCGCGCUGGUGCACGACAGCCUCGCCUCGGCCCGCGAGUCGUCGAGCCUGCUGACGGCCGCCAUUCUGGCAGUGACAUCGCUGCACGCUCAGGAUGAGGGCCGUGCCUUCGACAUUUGCUAUCCCAUUUUCCUGGACCUCGUCAGCCAGGCCAUGUUCGACCGCUACCACACCCUCGAUGACGUGCGCGGUCUCGCCAUCGGCGCAUUUUGGCUUUCCGACCUGAGCUGGAAGCUGUCGGGCCUCGCCGUGCGCAUCGCCACCGAGCUCAACCUCCACCAGUUCUCUGCAAAGGCGCUGCGGGACGCGCCGCAGUACAUCGAAGAGGCGCGGCUGUGGUACCUGCUGUACGUCUGCGAUCACCACUUUAGCGUCGCGUACGGGCGGCCCUCGGUGUUUACGGAAAACUCUACCAUCACCUGCCAUGAGACAUUCCUCCAGCUCCCAGGCAUCACCGAGUCCGACUUUCGCCUGCACAGCCAGGUAGGCGUCUUCAAGAUCCUGAGUCGGAUAUACCAUGCGUUCGGCCCGGAUCGAUCGCGCAUGAUUGCGAGCGACGAGUUCGAGAUUCUGCGGCGCUUCGACAUCGAUUUGGGGCACUGGCGCAACCACUGGGAACCUCGACUGCGACCCAACAAAUUCGUAUCCGAGUACCCAGCCAAGGGGGUCAUCCUCCACUACCACUUUGCCCGGCUGCAGCUCUUUUCCAUCUGCCUGCGCGGCCUCCGUCCCGACGAGCAGUACAGCAUGUCGCCUGAGCGGCGGUACUUUGUCAACCUCGCCAUCUCCAGCGCUUCGGCAGCCCUGGAGCUGGUCCUCCACGACGUCGACAUGCGCAAGUCGGUCAUUGGCGUGCCCCUGUAUCUGCUCACCACCAUUGCGUACGCCUGCCUCUUCUUGAUGAAGGCGCAGUCUCAGUGGCGGUCCGCGAGCCUCAACAUCCGCUACGAGGACGUGGUGUCGCUGAUCGAGGGCAUCGUCGUCCUGCUCGAGGAGACGCGACCGUGUGUCCGCCACGUAGCGCACUUUCUGGGCCGCGGGCUCGACGGCAUGCUCCAGAGGUUCAAGGAGCGCAACGCGGCCAGUACCAUCAAGUCGUUGUCGCAGGCCGGGCAGCCGACGCCGCAGGACUGGACCGGAGAGGCGAUGAUGCCGGACUGGAACAGUUGGAUGUUUGGCACCGGGAUGCCCAACCAGUUCAGCUUGGAGUCGGACAACUAUGGCCUCAACUUCCUCGACGCGCUCAAUUCACAGAUGCCUGGUUGA